AAAACAGUAGCUGUUCUUCAGUUUAUCUGUUUACUUAUAAUCACUUAGACAUAAAGGACAUUUACAUUUGGAACACAGCUGAACUUCAUAUAGGUGCAGUGUUAGGCUUUCCAAGGCCAAAAUGGGAUCUCUUGAAAACGACAUCAAUCAAGAUUUUCAGGAUGCCAUUGAUGUAAUUCAGCGUCACUCUGAGAUACUAUACUAUGACACAGAAAAUAAAUACUAUGAGAAUUUGGAAAGUCAACAGCUGUCGGUGAGACACGCCAUCUCAUGCUAUCAGUUCACACCGCAUUUUGAGCCUCCAGGACCCACGUAUGACUGGAAUGAGUCCACGUCAUGGUCUCACAUUGUGCCGGAUGUAUCUCCAUUGGCUUCUACUGUGCCAGCAUUUUAUUCAAAUUUACCACAGCGCAAUGGAAAAGGUCGUAAGAAGUUACGUUUAUAUGAGUAUCUGCACGAGGCUCUCCACGAUGACAACAUGGGUGACUCCAUCCAGUGGACGGACCAAGGGAGCGGCAUCUUUCACUUCAUCUCAAAAAAUAAAGAGAAACUGGCCGAGUGCUGGGGUCAACGCAAGGGCAACCGCAAGACCAUGACCUACCAGAAAAUGGCACGCGCCCUCCGCAACUACAGCCGCACGGGCGAGAUUGUGAAAGUGCGUCGCAAACUGACGUAUCAGUUUAAUCCAGCAAUACUGCAGAGACUGAGCACACUGCCAGGCUACAGCUCCGGCCCUUCGUCCAGAGAGAUGGCCCUUCAUCAGCAAAGCUCUGCUGAGCAUGUGUACUAUAGCUCUGCUGUACCUGACUGUCAUUACUGGUAUGGGCAGUACCCAUACCAGGGCGAGUAUGACCUCGCCACUGUACUGACGAUGCAUGAAGAUCCAAAAACGUCUCCGUGAUCUCCAAAAGAAAUCAUGAGGACAUUCUUUUCAUUCCAUGAAUUAUGAAUAUUAUAUGUCUUUUGCACUGUUGGUGAUGCUUUCAAAUAAACUUUUAAAUGGAUAUGAAGUAAAUAAAUAAAGCCAUUUUAUUGGUGUGCAUGUAAAUUUGGGCUCUUUAUGUAUUUGGACACUUAUGGACUCUUAAAAAAGUAUUAAUUUCAUUGUAUUGAAUAACAACAAACAAUGCUAGAUCUUUUCUCAGAACUACACAUUUGUGUGUGUGUGUGUGUGUGUGUGUGUGGCCAUUUUGCUAUUACUUUUAAAGGUGCAUUCAGUAACUUUUGUCUUUGUGUCAUGUUGGACUUACAGCGACACCUAGCAGCUUGGAUGCAGCACCAUUUAAAAUCAAUAGUUUUUAGUUACAAAUGCCAUUGUAGAAAUUCAGUAUUCACAGUCAGCCAUGAUUACUUUAAUCAGUGAGUGAAAGUGUCAGAUAUAACAGGACGGUUACUGAGAUUAAGCGAGUAGUAUUCGACUGGUCAUGCGACUCUAACUUGGCAGCCCCAUGUAUAUAUUAUGGUAAUAAUAUAAAAAUAAUAAGAAGAAAUUAAAAUAAAACCAUAUGUUUAGGCUUCAUUACAAAUUUUGACAUUGUGACAUUAUUUUCAUGACAGUUAUGCUCAUUUAACCCCCAAUUCUCAUUAUCGCAAUAUUUACCAUAAUUUUAAAUUGUAAAGUAUUUAUACAUCACAAUACUGGUACUGCCUUUCAUUUUUGCUGACUUAAAAAUUAUAAUAAUUGUACAACAGCAGCUUUUUUGUGUGUUUUCAGUAUAAAAAAAAAUUAAAAUAAAAAAAAAGACUGUUAGGGUUAUGAGAAUCAUGUAAAACAUCUGCACGCAUUGCAGUAAUGAGGAUUGGGGGGUAAAAUGUCCUUAAAAUAGUGCCACAAUGCAAAUAUCUUAAUGGUCCUAAAUAAAGGCUUUAUUUUCUUUAUACAACAAUAUACAGAUCAUUCAUACAUUUUUAAGUGUGGCUUAAAAGUCCAAAUACUCUUUGGGGCAACUGUAUGCAUAUCUACUUUCUCAUUCUUUCUAUGUAUUUACCUUUGCUUCUCACAACUUGUUUAUGUAAGCGACUGAGCAGAUCAUUGGUUUUAUCGCUCAAAUAAAUCUUACAGUACUGAU